AAGAAGGUGUAAAAAGAAGAAGAACUUUCAUUGGAUUACCUUCAGUGCUGCUGUGAGUCACCAUGUGGACACAAGUCCGCCGCCUUUGUCGUACAAAUAACUCCGCUUGUCGAAGGAGCUUCUUCGGCGUAGUGCUGUCACGUUACCGACCUCACACUGACCACCUGACCCGGCCAGCAGCCGCACUUCACGGCCAGCAUGCUGCCAGCUGUGACGCUCUGGUGUACAGACAGCACGGACAACCUUCCAGUGUCAUCCAGUUGGAGCAAGUGGCUCUUCCACCAGUUGGUGCCAAAGACGUUCUGGUUAAAAUCCUGGCGUCUCCCAUCAACCCUGCUGACAUCAACAUGAUCCAAGGGACGUACGCCAUCCUCCCCGAACUCCCUGCUGUCGGCGGCAACGAGGGCGUGGGCCAGGUAGUGGAGGUGGGCAGCCAGGUGACGUCUCUCCAAAUCGGAGACCGGGUCAUCCCCAAAGAAGCCAGUCUGGGGAUGUGGAGGACCGCCGCCGUGGUGAAGGAAGACGCUGUCAUCUCAGUGCCCAAUGACAUUCCCGUCUUGUGUGCCGCCACGCUGGGCGUGAACCCCUGCACGGCGUUACGAAUGCUGUCGGACUUUGAGCGCCUCAAGCCAGGUGAUUCGGUGAUCCAGAAUGCAGCCAACAGCGGAGUCGGGCAGGCGGUCAUUCAAAUUGCUUCAGCCAAGGGAAUAAACACCAUCAAUGUGGUCCGAGAUAGGCCGGACUUCACACAGCUCAGUGAUAGGCUGAAGGCCCUGGGAGCCAGUCAUGUGAUCAAGGAGGAAGCACUUCGGCGACCUGAAAUGAAAGAACUAUUUAAGACGUGCCCAAAGCCUAAACUAGCCUUGAAUGCAGUUGGGGGCAAAAGUGCGACCGAGCUGCUUCGUCAUCUCCAGCCGGGGCGGUCCAUGGUGACCUAUGGGGGGAUGUCCAAACAGCCAGUCACUGUCCCCGUGAGUGCUCUUAUUUUCAAGGAUGUGAAAAUUUGCGGAUUUUGGGUCACACAGUGGAAGAGAGAUCAGUCACACGAUUCCGGAGCGUUCCGCUCCAUGCUGGAUGAACUGUGCUCCCUGAUCCGCCAGGGGAAGCUGAGUGCUCCUGCCUGCACAGAGGUCGGUCUCCAUGACUACAGCAAAGCUCUGCAUGCCGCCAUGCAGCCUUUCACUUCCGCCAAGCAGAUCCUGAUCACGUGACUUGUUUUAUCACUCAAUAAACGUCCAACACAUCAGGUUCAAAGCUUAA